GUGUUCAGUACUGGAUGUUCCAAGUGUAUUUUUAUGCCUAAGUGCAAUGGAUGUUUAAGUUGUGCGAUGAGAAGAACUCUUGCACUCCUCUACAUCGGCGUACUCAUUUCAUGCGCCUCGUCGCAGAAGCAAGAUCGCAGCAUGUUCGAUGAUUUGUCAGAAGCAGAUGAUCGCUUGGAAAGAAGAAGCGUCAAGUGCAAAAAAUGGACAUGUAAUAUUCCACAUGAUUCAUGCUGUGACGGUCAAGUUUGUUCCUGUAAAAGCCUAUGGACCGGAUGCAUCUGUAAAGACGCAGAUUCGAGUUGCGCAAUAAUUGCAAUGCAUAAUUAUAUAUGUAUACUUAUUUGUUUGUUAGCAUUUCUUUUACAUGUAGUAUGGACCUUUUACAUGUAGUAUGGGAUAUUAUUCAACAUCAUAUCAAACUAAUAAAAUAAAGAUUAAAUUAUAAUGUUAAAACAUAAA